AUGAUAUCCAAGGAAGUUUCCUACCUAUUUGGAGUUAGUAAUAGAGUUCUUGGUAACCCCCGAAAUGGUAGGAAUAUUCUCUUUGUAGGGUAUAUUGUCUUAGAUGAAUUAAAGAAUAAGGAUACUAUUAGUAUCUUUGGUGGAUCGUAUAUAAAACUAAAGUAUUUAUACUUCUGCUUCAUUGUUGCGUACCUGAAUGUAAAGAGCCGAGGCGCCGGUAACGCCGUUGCGAAAAAGGUUGAAGCCACGCGAUUUUGGCCCUCCGCCGGCGAGUACCUUAACCGGUCAAUACUGGUCACAUUAGCCCGUUAUAAGACGUUUGACUCCGGCGAUACCUCUACUCGUGACGCUGACGCUGGAACUGUGCUUGGAGCUGAUGUCCGUGACGCAAUUCUUGCCAUGAAGAGUCUCUAG